UCCUCUUGUAGUUUGUCUUGUUUUGGCUUCUUGUAAUUGCUUCAGACUGUGCCUAGUCUAACUCUCUCUUCCUUUCUCUUUCUUUAUCAUGGAGGAAGAACAGUCUGACUUUGCCUUACCUAAAGAACCUUUACCAGGUGUGUUACCUCCUCCUCUUAAACCAGAGACAAAACCAGCCGACAGCUCUGAGCAAAGCCAGACUGAAGCAACAAGUGAAGAGGCUGUACCUCCAGAGCUGUCCAAGCUAUAUUACUUUGGAUGUGGUCCGUGUCAUCCAGCAUUGUUCCAGCGGUUGUUUGCUAGAAAGAAGUUCUUCACAUUCUUAUUGUGCUGUUUUGCAUUUCUGCAAGGAGCUAUUGUAUCUGGUUUCACAUCAGUCAUUUUAUCCUCUAUUCAAAAGAGAUACAAUUUCAAUAGCACAGCUGCUGGCUUUGUUGCUGUAUCUUAUGAUGCAAGUGUAACUUUGUCGGUUAUUUUUAUAAGUUAUUUUGGAGGGAAGAGUCACAAGCCGAGGUGGAUGGGUAUCAGUCUCUUAGUCCUCAGUUUUGGUUGUUUCAUAUUUGCACUCCCUCAGUUUCUGUUUGGUGAAUAUGGCAGAGGCUCCCUGAGUAGUCUUUAUGAAGGUUGUAUGGAUAACAGGAGUUUCAUUGAGGACUGCUCACCAUCUGAUGCUGGGGCAUAUACUAUGUUUGUCAUUGGUAAUAUAUUCAUUGCUGUGGGAGCUGCUCCUCUUUUCACUGUUGGACAGGCUUACCUUGAUGAGAUUGUACUCCCCAAGUAUCUAUCAAUACACAUUGGAGUCUACCACACAAUGUCUGUCCUUGGGCCUGCUUUUGGAUACCUAGUUGGUAGCAGCCUGUUAUCAGUGUAUGUGGACCCGUGGGUUGAGACUACACUCGGUCCCGAAGACCCAGCUUGGGUAGGUGCUUGGUGGCUGUCUUUCAUUCUAGCUGGUAUCAUGUGCAUAUUUCUUGCUGUACCAUUCUUAAUGUUCCCCCGAUAUCUACCAGACAGUGCUGAAGUUAGGAAGGAGAGAGCCAAAGAAAUGGCAAAGAUAUAUUCAAAGAAAUUUGCAAAUGAGGACACACUGACUGUUACUGUCAAGAUGUUCCCUGUACAUAUAAAAAGACUACUCCUCAAUCCUUCUUUUAUGCUCUCUGCAUUUGGCAUUGCUUCUUUAUUUGUAAUGAUUAGUGGUUUGGUGUCUUUUGCUCCAAAGUACCUGGAGACUCAGUUUAAACUGACAGCAACUGUUGCUGGCCUACUGGCUGGUGGUAUUGGGAUCACUAGUGCCACUGUUGGUGUAUUUACUGGGGCUUUGAUACUUUUCCUUACUAAAAUGAAAGCAAGAUCCACCAUGUUGUUUGUGACAAUCCUCAUUGCUGUUGUCAUACCAGCCAAUACUGCAUUCCUCCUCCACUGCUCUCAGCCUGAUAUUGUUGGAAUAACCUACGGAAGAGAUGGUAUUGAUACUGAGGUAUGUGCUCAAGAGUGUGAUUGUAUCUCAACAUCAUUUGAACCAGUUUGUGGUGAAGAUGGACUCACUUACUUCUCUCCUUGCAGGGCUGGUUGUACCACUACUUUUAAUGAUGGAGUAUAUUCAUUUGGUAAUUGUUCGUGUGUUUCGGUUAAUUCAACAGUUGGUUCUGUUACUGAUGGAUUCUGUGAGACCAGCUGCAGUGCUCUCAUUCCAUUGGUAAUCAUACUGAUCUUUGUUCUGUUUCUCGUGUUCAUCACUCAAAUACCAUUCAACUAUUACACAAUGAGGGUUGUAGCUGAUGAUCAAAGGUCCCUAGCGCUGGGUCUUCAGUCUGCAAUAUGGCGUAUUUUUGGUACCAUUCCUGGUCCUCUAAUAUUUGGUGCUUUGUUUGAUGUUGCUUGUCUUCAAUGGCAGGAUCCCUGUGAAGGUGACAGAGGAAAUUGUUGGAUUUAUGACGGAGCCAAUCUCAGCAUAUAUGCCCUGUCCUUCUUCAUCCCUUGCUCUCUAUUGGCUACAGUGUUGUUCUUCUUAGCUUGGCUCACCUUCCCUAAGGACCAGCCUCCUAGCACUAGGGAAGACCUGGGCAGUGAGCGGAAGCCCAAGAAGCAUAGCAUGUUAGUUGUGCCACAGAGACCAGGCUCCAUUAGGUUCAGUAGGCAGCAUCAUGCAAGCGAAAGUGAAGAUGUCUUGCUCAAUGGCACUUCUCCUAAUGUCACAGUAACUCCUUCAGACGAAUUGUUUGAUAAAACUCUCAAACUUCCUUCCUCCUCAAAUACUGCUGUCUAGAGACAUAUGUCGACCUUCAGUUUCAAACGAGCUAUACAACCUCUGACUAAUGUAUUUUCUUAAAAACUUUUGUAAAUGUAAUGAUGUACAAAUUUUAUACAUCGAUGGGUGGAAUUUACACCCAUUAUUAUUGUUAAUGAUA